AGCCUCAGCAAUGGCUACAGGGUGACUUCUUGGAUCCUCCGCGUUUCCAGGUCCUAGUGAAAACCGGUGGACCCAGCUGGAGGCAUGGACCUAUCAGCUGGGCUCCCUGUGCGGCUGCUGUUGCUGCUGCUGUGGUCCGUGGCCCCGCAGGCGCUGCGGCCGGGUUCACAUUCUCUACGAUAUCUCUUCAUGGGUGCCUCAAAGCCAGAUCUCGGGCUGCCUUUCUUUGAGGCUCUGGGUUAUGUGGAUGACCAGCUCUUUGUAUCCUACAAUCACGAGAGUCGCCGUGCUGAGCCCAGGGCCCCAUGGAUCUUGGGGCAGACAUCAAGCCAGCUGUGGCUGCAGCUGAGUCAGAGCCUGAAAGGGUGGGAUUACAUGUUCAUAGUGGACUUCUGGACCAUCAUGGGCAACUAUAACCACAGUAAGGUCACGAAGUUGAGAGUGGUGCCUGAGUCUCACAUCCUGCAGGUGAUCCUAGGAUGUGAGGUGCAUGAAGACAACAGUACCAGUGGCUUCUGGAAAUAUGGCUACGAUGGGCAAGAUCACCUUGAAUUCUGCCCCAAGACACUGAACUGGAGUGCAGCCGAGCCAAGGGCCUGGGCCACCAAGAUGGAGUGGGAAGAGCACAGGAUCCGUGCCAGGCAGAGCAGGGACUACCUGGAGAGGGACUGCCCCGAGCAGCUGAAGCAGUUCCUGGAGCUCCAGAGAGGGAUUCUGGGACAGCAAGUGCCUACUUUGGUGAAAGUGACUCGCCACUGGGCCUCUACAGGGACCUCUCUAAGGUGUCAGGCUCUGAACUUCUUCCCCCAGAACAUCACUAUGAGGUGGUUGAAGGACAGCCAGCCCCUAGAUGCCAAGGAUGUCAACCCUGAGAACGUGCUGCCAAAUGGGGAUGGGACCUAUCAGGGCUGGCUAACCUUGGCUGUGGCCCCUGGAGAAGAGACAAGAUUCAGCUGUCAAGUGGAGCACCCAGGCCUGGUUCAGCCUCUCACUGCCACUUGGGAGCCCUCACGGUCUCAGGACAUGAUUAUUGGAAUCAUAAGUGGGAUCACCAUUUGUGCCAUCUUCUUUGUUGGAAUUCUGAUCCUAGUCUUAAGGAAAAGGAAGGCUUCAGGAGGAACCAUGGGUGACUAUGUCUUAACAGAGUGUGAGUGACCUGCAGCAUGCAGAACCACAGAAGAGAGAAGACUCAGCCAAAGACUUGGAGGGGACACACUUGCUCCAUUCUAGAACACAGCUGGACCUAACACACAGAAACUGCCUGAGGACUCUGCCCUUAGCUUUCCCUGUUUGCUUUCUUAAGGUGUUUUCUCCAGUUAAGUUCAGUUCCUGAAUAAUAGUGACUGCCCCAGCUGCAACCUCUCCCUUCAGAACCAGUCUCAUGAUCUUUAAGCUGCUACUUGCAGGCAUCCUUCGUUUUCUGCAUCCACCUAGACUUCGUAUGCCUACUUAAAAAGCCCCACUAAAUUUGGGGGACACAUGAUUCAUUUCCACAUCUGAAGAAGUUAUGAACCUUCAUCCUGGGAUGCACACAUUCUUGUGCCAGAAUUUUUCAUACAUAUCCUAGGACCCAUUCAACUGUCAUUUGAGCCUCUCUAUCUGUUAGUGACUACUCUGACUUCUCUGCCGUUGGAAUGUUAUAGCAAUAAAGCUAUGAACGCUACACACUGUGCAAUUGGAGAAGCCACCCACUGAGAAAAUAUAGAUGUUUGUGUACAUGGUGAGGGUUAUAUGUCCCUAUUUGCACAAAGGUGUGAGGUUUUCAAAGGUCAGUGUCAUAUGUAUUUGUGACAUGAUGCCUAUGAAGUACCCUCUCUCCUUGUCCUGAAAAUAGAAACCAUAAACGGUUAUCAUAAUGAAGUGUAGCUUGCACUUGUGCUAAAUAACAUACUCUGCUCUGAUCACCUGCUAAACAUAAAGCAUGUGUGGACCUAC